GUUCUUGGCUGACAGGAGAGGUACCUGAUGUGGUCUUCUGCUGUUGUAGCCCAUCCACUUCAAAGCUUGACAUGUUGUGCAUUCUGAAAUGCAUUUCUGCUCGCCAUGGUUGUAAAGAGUGAUCAUUUGAGUUAUUGUCACCUCCCUGUCAGCUCGAACCAAUCUGGCCACUGUCCUCUUACCUCUCUCAUCAAAAAGGCAUUUCUGCCCGCAAAACUCAUUGGAUGUUUUUUUGUUUUUUUUGUAAAAGCUACAGACUGUUGUGGUGAAAAUCCCAGGAAAUCAGCAUGUCUGGCACCAACAACCAUGCCAUAGUCACAUUUUUUCUCCAUUCUGAUGUUUGAUGUGAACAUUAACUAAGGCUCUUGACCUGCAACUGCAUGAUUUUAUGCAUUGCAACGCUGCCAAAUAAUGGGUUGAUUGGAUAAUUUCAUAAAUAAGCAGGGUUACUGGUGUUCCUAUUAAAGUUGCCAGUGAGUAUAGUUACUGUAUAUUAAUCAUUACUUUUAUACUCUUGAUGAAUUUCAUGGUUCCAGAAGCUAAAUCCCUUGAAGCUUUGUGAUAAACAAGCCAGGUCACUUUUUUUCUGAUGAUGCUGUUUUUUUGUGUGUGUGUUGCUAUGAUGCAAUUAUGGUUGUGAAACUACAUUCAUUACAGACCUGCCUACGUUUACUAUUGCCCUAUAUCUGCUAUAAUGAUGUAUUAUGUGUUAGCUAUCUGUCCAUCCAUUCAUCUCUCCAUUUACUAAGGUUCUCAGGAAGAAAGGCACUUACUGCAUGGAUGGUGCAUGGGAUUGGAGUUUAUUCCCCCUAGGACACCACACAAGAUUGAUUUAUGUCAUUUAGGCCACAAUCUGUGUAAGUCACAAGAUGUAUAUCAUCAGUGAUGGUUCAUGUUAGACAGGCACUUAGUUGCUGAAAUUAAAUGUAGCCUUUGUCAUAGUUUUAUUCCGUUUUGUCUCAGUACUCUGGUUGAAAGUAUUAGAGUCCCUGUUGUGUCACUGCUGGAGAUGGUGUUGUAGUCCUUGUAAUCUGAGAGAAGGAGGCAGCUUUAGGGCAUUUGGCUGCAGCUAUUUUAAUCUUAAGGCUGAAGCAUUAAGUCAGAGUACUGAGACUCACACUACAGUUGUAAGUGGCUUCCUUCUGGCCAAUAUCUCUAAUAACGCUGAAGAAAAAAAUAGAAGAACUUGUACAUGUAAAUUACAGUUGUGCAGUUAGUGUUCACAUUAUUUUGAACUUAUAUGUGUUAUGCUGAGUGUGAAUCUAGUAUUAUUCACCACAGUAUCUGUGUGUGUGUGUGUAUGUGUGUGUGAGAGAGAGAGAAUUAGUAGGUGCUUGCCUUUUGCCUCUCCCCUCAGUAAUUCACCCUACUUUUCUUUCAUGGCUGAAUAUCUCCAUGACGACCCCAUCCUCUCCAUCUCUCUCUGUCUCUCUGUCUCUCUCUCUCUCUCUCUCUCUCUCUUGCGCUCUCGCUCUCACACACUCACUCGAGUGUGCGUCAUCCACAUGAAAAGUGCUUGGUUUCCCUUUGGAACUCAGUCUACCACCCCACGCACACUCACCUGCAAAAUCCCAGUUCCUCUUUGCUCAUCAUCCUCUGUGUUCAGCGAGACGUCAUUCACAUACACACAAUAGGAGAGCACGUCAUGUUCUCCAAAUAAGCGCGCGCUUCAUAAGAAGAAUAAGACAGAGAGAAAGACAGAGAGAGAAGGAGAGGGAGGGGAUAAAGUCUUAUUGUUCUUGAGCAGCGUGCACUGGAGGUGUGGCAUCUUCCGGGCGUUGUCGUGGAGACGGAGGACUGGCCAAGCGCUGUUGUCUUUCUUCCUCCAGGCUCAUCACCAAGACGCUGAUCACAGGGAGGCUGAUCCUUAUGGCAAGAGCCGCAGCCACAGAUGAUGAUCACCUUACUGUUUGCUGUCAAUGAGGUUUAAACAUGUGCAGUCUGAGAUAGAAUAACAGGUGGUCAUGCUGCUCUCUUUGUUCUCCUGUGCUGUGGGCUUCUCCCUCCUACCACUCCUCCUGUUCCCAUACCCUGCCCAGGCUUGCCCUGCCCGUUGUGAGUGUUCUGUGCCCACACGCUCAGUCUCGUGCCACCGCAAGCGGCUGGCACAGGUGCCCGAAGGCAUCCCCAUUGAGACACGAGCACUGGAUCUCAGCAAAAACCGUCUGCGCAUUAUCACACCACAGAAUUUCUCUGGCCUUCUGUUGCUAGAGGAGCUUGACCUGAGCACCAACCUGUUGUCAUCUGUGGAGCCCGGAAGUUUCCGUGCCCAGCCGCGCUUACGAACACUGCGUCUGCGCAACAAUCAGCUGACCCUGCUGCCACGUGGUGCACUUGCUGGCCUGGGUGAGCUCACUCUACUGGAUAUCAGCCAGAACCGUCUGGUUAUCCUGCUUGAUUACGGCUUUGAAGACCAGCGGCGUCUACGUGUGCUUGAGCUUGCUGACAACGAGCUGGUUUUUGUUGCACCCCGUGCAUUCAGUGGCUUGCCUGCAUUGCGCUCACUGACACUGCAGCGCUGUAACCUGAGUGCUGUGCCCAGCCACGCACUGGCGCACCUGCAUGGUCUAACCAGCCUUCGCCUUAGACAGCUGGACAUUGCAGAACUGCUACCACACACCUUCAAGGGCCUGGGCCGUCUACGUCAUCUUGAGGUAGAUCAUUGGCCAGCACUGGAAGCUGUGCCCUCUCUUGCCCUGCAGGGUCUGAAUCUUAGCACGCUCUUCAUCACCCAUACCAACCUUUCAGCGGUGCCAGUGCUGAGCCACUUGUCCUAUUUGACCCAUGUGAACUUGUCAUACAGCAGCGUGAGGGUGCUGCCAGCUGGCUGGCUGCGUGGCCUGGACCGGCUGGAAGUGGUGCAUGUACGCAGGGCUCAGCUGGUGCGUGUGGAGGCCCAGGCCUUCCAAGGGGCACUGUCACUGCGCCUGCUUGACCUCUCUUACAAUCGCCUGAAUACAUUGGAAAGAGCCACACUGCCAGCAUCUGUGGCCCUGCAGAACCUCCUGAUUGGCCAGAACCCAUUAGUGUGUGACUGCCGUCUGCGCUGGCUACUUCAAAGGACACUGCCUCUACAAUUUGGGGAGGUGCAACCUCAGUGCACAACCCCUGCUGCUCUGGCUGGGAAACCUUUCAGUGAAGUAGUAGAGCCACUGCUCUCCCGCUACGUCAUAUGUACCAAACCCAGGGUCGUUGCCAUGUCGACACAACCAGCCCAAGCAGAAGAGGGACAAAAAGCGUGGUUGUACUGCACAGCAGAUGGCGCUCCGCCCCCCUCUGUCUCCUGGCUGACACCACACAGGAGGCACAUCACCACCAAAAGCACAGGUCGUAUGGUUGUCCAUGGCAAUGGUUCAUUGGAGUUCCGGGUAGUGGAGCCUCAGGACAGUGGUAUUUAUGUGUGUGUGGCAUCCAAUCCUGCAGGCAAUUCUACCCUGUCCAUAACACUAGCUGUCAAAAGCCUGGGCCUUAGGGACGGGGCUCUCUAUGCCAACCGCAGCUUUAUCUUUGAUCCUGAUUACAAUAGCUCCUUAAUCAAUGGCACAGAGCACUACACAAUCAGGAUGGUGCUGGACUUCACUACUAUUCUUGUGUCUACAGCUAUGGGCUGCCUCAGCUUCCUGGGUGUGGUCCUCUUCUGUUUCCUGCUUCUGUUCGCUUGGAGCCGAGGCAAAGGCAAGCACAGAGGAAGUGUGGACAUCCAGUAUGUUCCCCGCAAGAGGAAAGGAGGCAGCAGUGAGCUUACUGAGACCAGUGGCCCCAGACGUGUUAACAUGAAGAUGAUCUGAGAGCCAGAUGGUUCCGAAAGCAUAACCUUGAUCUGCUGAUAGCCAAACUUUAGGAUAGAGGAAAAAGGAGAGAAAGACCUGCAACCAUGGUGGCCAAUAGAGAUUGGCAGCACACUGUUUCAGUUUGUGUGCUUUAGUGUGAAUGUACAUUUGAGGUACCUAUGACGUACGUACAUAUGAAUGUACGUAUGUCAAGUGAAAUAUAGUGUGUGCAUUUAUGGGCAUGUGUGUGUCUAUAUUAUAUGGAUGUAUUCAAUUGUGAGAGUUUACACAUACUAUCCAAACAGAGUCACUUAUCAAAAAAAAGUAUUUGCGUGUCUUCUGCAAUGUUUUGUCUGGAUAGCAUUAUUGGGACAGCACAGACAUGGGCAGAGGGCACAUUGUUGUAUAAAUAUCAUGUUUGUGAGGGAGAAAAUGGUCUGUUUCUACAUUUUAGGUUCCACUAUUAUUAACCUUUGAAUUGCUGCAAAAACUCUAACUGUCUUCCCCAACAAGUAAAUUAUAUACAGGAAGAAGCCUCAGCAGUGCUAUGUUGUGAAGUGUUUGGUUUUGCUCCGAAUAUCUAUUCUCCCCUGCGAGAUCCUGAGGUUAGGGGAGCCUCUGGGAAAAGAGGAACAUCAUCUGCCAUUUUGUUGUAAAAAAAAAAAAAAAAAAAAAAAAAAAAAGAAAGAAAAUAAAAUGUGUUGCUAGUGAGGACCUGUUUGAAAUGGUGGGUACCAGGGGCUGUGUUUGUGACUCAGUGGAAAUCUGUGAAACUGUUUUUUGAUGUUCUGUCAAAUGCUGCUCAGAUGUUUUUACAUAAUAAAUAUAUUGGUAUAUUUUCCAAAGAAAAUAAAUAUAAAUCAUACAGUUUGAUUGUUGUACCAUUACAAACCAGAAUCUGGUUCUUGUUACUGUGUCUAAUGGUCCAGUGUUCUCUUAAUCCAGCAUAUACCAUAUUCAACCAUUUCAGUCAUUUGAGUGUUAUCUUAAGCAAAUGACACUAUUAAAUAUGAAAACUUUAUUUGGCUAAACCAAUAUUCUAUUAUAUAAUCAAAGGCAAAAGUUUAUACCCUUAGAGCAAGAUGAAGAAGGUCAAGAAUUUUCAAUAAGACAAUUAGUAUGUCAUAUUUUACAGAUCUUUCAUUAUCACAAAAAUGGUACUGAUGUAUAAUGUAUGUUAAGAUAUGAAUAGUGAAAAAUAUAAAAAUUAUUUCAGUUGAA